AUGGCCACCGCCGUAACACAAAUUGCAACCAUUCCCGUGUCCCAAGACACAAGCUCCAACCAAAACGCAAACCCCGCGCCAACCAUGCUGAAAGUCGGGUCGCCGUUUGAUAACAAUGCCCGUCACCAGCCUGCCGACGAUUCUAAUUCGUCACAGACCCCCGCCGCCGUGUUUGAUAUUUCGCCCGAGGCUGCAUUGCACUUGCUGUGUUUGAAUAUUGAGCGGCUAAGCGCAUUUUUUGCUCAGAAACCGGUCGGCACCGAAGAGCUGCAUGCGCAUGGCUCCACGCCUCUGGCUUAUGGUACUCCUGCUGAGAACGAGCUCAGGGUGAAUACUGUCGGGUUGCAUAUUAAGGAAUUGGAUGAUCCUAUUGACCCUACGAGGAUGACAGAAGAGGCGAUUCAGAUGGCCAUCUUGGCGAAGAAGUUUCUGUCAAAGAAGGUGCCGCCAAUUCCCUUAAAUGAGUAUCUGCUUCGCUUGCAUAGGUACUGUCCUAUGUCUACGGCGGUCUAUCUCGCAGCUAGCGUGUACAUAUAUAAGAUGACGUUGGUCGAGAAUGUGUUGAGGGUUUUGCCGAAGAAUAUGCACAGGCUUGUGCUUGCUGGUGUUUGGGUUGCUUCAAAGGCUCUAGAGGACUUGAGCUAUCCACAUAGCCGGGUUGCGAAGGUCGGUGGAGUCAGUGAACAGGAAUUGUCGAAACUCGAGAUCAGCUUCUGUUUCCUGGCCGACUUCGAGCUGCGUGUUGAUGCACAGAUGUUGAUGAACGAAGCCUUGCGUCCUCAGACCUCCCUGGAAUAA